GUGUUUUAGGAAAUAAAAUAAUGCUAAUGAAGCAACCAUUUCCCUGAAGUUCAAGUUUUCAGGCUCACUGCCAUUAUGGAUGAGCAGCAAGCUUUGAAUUCAAUCAUGCAGGAUUUGGCUGUGCUUCAUAAGGCCAGUCGUCCUGUAUUGCCCCAGCAAGAAACAGGAAAACCAAAGUCAUCUUCGCCUAAAAAACAGAAUGAUGUUAGAGUCAAAUUUGAACAUCGAGGUGAAAAAAGGAUCCUGCAAUUACCAAGGCCUGUUAAACUUGAAGAUCUUGCAGCUAAAGCUAAAGUUGCUUUUGGACAGACUAUGGAUUUACAUUACAGCAAUAAUGAGCUUUUAAUUCCAUUAACCACACAGGAUGACCUGGACAAAGCUGUUGAACUGCUUGACCGUAGUGUUCAUAUGAAAAGUCUCAAGAUAUUACUUGUAAUACAUGGAAAUACACAGUCACCCAGUGUAAAUAAAGUGGAACACUUGCCCUCAUUGGAAGACUUAGAUAAUACAGUGUUUGGUGUGACAGACAGAAAAAGGCGGAUGUCUGUAAUAGGUUCUAAUACUCGUGAUCGGAGUUCACCUCCCCCAGGAUACAUUCCAGAUGAGCUGCAUCAGGUGGCCCGAAAUGGGUCCUUCACCAGUAUCAACAGUGAGGGUGAAUUCAUUCCAGAAAGUAUGGAUCAGAUGCUGGAUCCAUUGUCUUUGAGCAGUCCUGACAACUCUGGCUCGGGAAGCUGUCCCUCACUUGACAGCCCUCUAGAUGGAGACAACUAUCCCAAAUCUCGGAUGCCAAGAGCACAGAGCUAUCCAGAUAAUCAUCAAGAAUUCUCAGUAGAGUAUGAUAUCCCAAUAUUUGAGAAAUUUGGAAAGGGGGGGACUUAUCCCCGAAGAUACCAUAUUUCAUAUCAUCAACAAGACUACAAUGACGGUCGUAAAACUUUUCCAAGAGCCAGAAGGACUCAGGGGAACAGCUUCCGAUCACCAGUUAGUUUCAGUCCCACUGAUCACUCACUGAGCACCAGUAGCGGGAGCAGCGUCUUUACGCCGGAAUAUGAAGAUAACCGAAUGAGGAGGAGGGGAAGUGACAUAGACAAUCCUACCUUGUCAGUCAUGGACAUCAGCCCACCCAGUCGGUCACCACGAGCUCCAACUAACUGGAGACUUGGUAAACUGCUGGGUCAAGGUGCAUUUGGCAGAGUAUAUCUGUGUUAUGAUGCCGAUACUGGAAGAGAACUGGCUGUUAAACAAGUUCAGUUUGAUCCUGAUAGUCCAGAAACCAGCAAGGAAGUAAAUGCACUUGAAUGUGAGAUUCAGUUGCUGAAAAAUCUGCUGCAUGAAAGAAUUGUUCAGUAUUAUGGUUUCUUGAGAGAUCCACCAGAAAGAACACUCUCUAUAUUCAUGGAAUAUAUGCCUGGGGGUUCCAUCAAAGACCAACUGAAAUCAUAUGGAGCGCUCACAGAGAAUGUGACUCGUAAAUAUACACGGCAGAUUUUGGAAGGAGUUCACUAUUUGCACAGUAAUAUGAUUGUCCAUCGAGAUAUUAAAGGAGCAAAUAUUCUGCGAGAUUCAGCAGGCAAUGUGAAGCUCGGUGACUUUGGUGCCAGCAAACGACUGCAGACGAUAUGUCUCUCUGGUACAGGAAUGAAGUCUGUCACAGGAACUCCAUACUGGAUGAGUCCGGAAGUUAUUAGUGGAGAAGGGUAUGGCAGAAAAGCAGAUAUCUGGAGUGUAGGUUGUACAGUGGUAGAAAUGCUCACUGAGAAGCCCCCGUGGGCAGAGUUCGAAGCAAUGGCUGCCAUCUUUAAAAUUGCCACUCAGCCAACCAACCCCCAGCUACCACCUCAUGUCUCCGACCAUGCUCGGGAUUUCUUGAAACGGAUUUUUAUCGAGGCCAAGCUGCGACCAUUUGCAGAUGAACUGCUAAGACACACGUUUGCACACUAUCACUAACAGCCUGCCUCAACUCAGCUUGCAUCUACUGCAUUUAUUUUCUAUUUGACUGCACUUUUAUUUUUAUUUUUUACAAGAAAAGGAGAAAAAAGACAAGAGAGAGAAUAUUCUCUUGAAUCUUUGUUUCACUUAGGUUGUAAACAAUCUAAAUUUUGUACCUAAAAUGAGAAUCUUCUCUCCCCCACUCCCACCAGGACUAGAACUUUUUGUUUCUAUAAUGUACUGAUGUGGUUCAUGUAGAUAAAGCACUUUAGUACAUAUUUGUUCCUUAUUUAAAGGGGAAAAAAAAAAAAGGCAAAUGCUUGGACAGUCAGGAACUGUGUGACUUUUUCUGACACCGCUGACUGACUCAGGGUGCAGGGAAAAAUAGACAUGCAGCUAAAAGACAAGAAGGUUACUUCUCUGUGAUUCUUCUUUAUAUCGUAGGUACUUGCGGCAGAGAGUUCUAAGUUCUUAUUACAUUUUAGCAUUUUAAUCAGUUUCUGGAUUUCGCAGUUUAAGCUGGAACAUGCAGUCCUGAGAGUUAAUGAUAAAGCUGGAAGAACUUGGAACUCUUUGUACGGUAGCGUGUCUAACCGGUACUUCCAUGUGACCAAAAGAAAAUAACAAAAAAGAACUCAACACUGAUGUACUAGUUAGAGGUUUUGGUGUAGAACUAUUGUAUUAUCUUAACAGGAAUAUAAUUACAGGUAAACAGAUUAUGGACCCAGACUCCUAGGAACUAUUAUACUGCAAGGGGAAAAUUUCCAUAGACAAGGGUCAGCUGUUGGAUGUAAAUAUUUAGGAGAAUGCCUCCUGCUGUAUCUGCCAAAGAGAACCUCUGUUGCAUAAGCUUGGAGGGAGACGGUUAUCUUAGAUAAGAAUAAAUAGUGAUGUUGAGAGUCAGUUCUCCUCCACAAUCCCAUUAAUGGCUGGAGAGGAAGGGGAGUGACUAAUCCUUGUGCGGUAUACGAGUUACUUGAUUCAGAAUGAGCUAUAAGAAAUGUUUUCAAAGCUGUUGAAAGGUGCUAGGAUGGAAUGUAUGUCAACAUCAAGUGCCUGAACAAUAUAAAAUUCUUCCCGAUAUGCACUAAAAAAAUUGUUUUAGUAACACAGUUCAGUGAUCUAGGAUAUGUUGAAAAUUCCUGAAAUGAAGUUAAACAUCUCUUAACACCAGGAAUAAGUCACUGAGAAAGAUAAGAGUCCAGUUACAUUUUUUUAAUGAGGUAGCGAUGAUGAAUCCUCAUGAACAAGGAGGCACAGCACAAAAGAUUGUAUGAAGAAUAGGCCAAAAGCGCAAAGAGAGCCAGCAAUUAAAUAACAUGAGCGUGAUUACUCCAGCCUGAUAAUCCAGAUGAUUGGUGUUUGUCAGAUUUCCAACUGUCAUAAAACAUACAUUAAUCACGUUUUCCAUUUCUGCAAGAGUAUUAUAAAAGAACAAAAGUAAAACUCUGAAAUACUGCUUCUCAAUCGAGAAAUCCAGGUAUUGAUCAGGUGUAGUGAAUUUUUGUAGAGGAACACAACAUAAAUAAUUUAAAAGGGUAUUUGGAAAUAAACUGUUGGACUACAGAACUGAAAUAACGUAUACUGUUUUGGAUGA